CCGGAAGGGGUGGGCCUUGCGAAGAUGGCGGCGCUGGGGGUGCUGGAGUCAGACCUGCCAAGUGCCGUGACACUUCUGAAAAAUCUCCAGGAGCAAGUGAUGGCUGUAACUGCACAAGUGCAAUCACUGACACAAAAAGUUCAAGCUGGUGCCUAUCCUACAGAAAAGGGUCUCAGCUUCUUGGAAGUGAAGGACCAGCUGCUGCUCAUGUACCUUAUAGAUUUGACCCACCUCAUUCUGGACAAAGCCUCAGGAGGAUCUCUUCAGGGACAUGAUGCAGUUUUGAGACUGGUGGAGAUUCGCACGGUUUUAGAAAAGCUUCGUCCCUUGGACCAAAAACUGAAGUAUCAAAUUGACAAGCUGGUCAAGACUGCAGUGACAGGCAGCCUUAGUGAGAACGACCCACUUCGUUUUAAGCCUCAUCCCAGCAAUAUGAUGAGCAAGUUGAGCUCUGAGGAUGAGGAGGAAGAUGAAGCAGAAGAUGGCCAGUCUGAGGCUUCAGGGAAGAAAUCUGUGAAAGGAGUGUCUAAGAAAUAUGUUCCUCCGCGCUUGGUUCCAGUACAUUAUGAUGAAACAGAAGCUGAGCGGGAAAAGAAGCGUCUAGAACGAGCCAAGAGACGGGCAUUGAGCAGCUCUGUCAUUCGUGAACUUAAGGAGCAGUACUCAGAUGCUCCAGAGGAAAUCCGUGAUGCUCGGCAUCCCCAUGUUACCCGCCAGAGUCAGGAGGACCAACACAGGAUUAACUAUGAGGAGAGCAUGAUGGUGCGUUUGAGCGUCAGUAAGCGAGAGAAAGGACGGCGAAAACGAGCAAAUGUCAUGAGCUCACAACUUCAUUCCCUUACACACUUCAGUGACAUCAGUGCUUUGACAGGGGGAGCUGCUCAUCUUGAUGAGGAUCAGAAUCCUAUUAAGAAGCGGAAGAAGAUACCUAAGAAAGGUCGGAAGAAAAAAGGUUUUCGGAGGCGGCGGUGAUUAUUUGUGUACAUAUUUGUAUAUUUUUGUCAUUCUGAGAUACUUCUAAUUUCACUGUAUAUAGGUUGUUUUCCCUGGAAUUCAUUAAUUGUUUGCUUUGGACAUGUGGAAAGAGCCUUACUAAUAAAAUUGAUUUUACUUAUGAAUUAAAGCCCCUUUUUGCACA